AUGGACAAUUCAACCUAUUUUGUAACAUAUACUCUGAUGCAACCUGAAGGAUCGUAUUCACACAGACAUAUAUAUUUCACAUGUUUUUCAUUCUUUUAUAUCCUGAUAUUGUUUCUCAACAUUUGGCUCUGUGUUGUUAUUUUCUUGGAGAGAGCCCUUCAUGAACCAAUGUACAUUUUUCUGUGCAAUCUGUGUUUAAAUGGGAUAUUUGGAGCUACAGGAUUCUAUCCUAAAUUCCUGCACGAUUUAAUAUUGGAUUCAUAUGUGAUCCCUUCUUACAUGUGUGCCUUACAAUCUUUUGUGAUCUACAGUUCGGUUAAGUGUGAAUAUUGUACAUUAGCAGUGAUGGCUUAUGACAGACAUGUGGCCAUUUGCAGACCCUUAGACUAUCACACAAAACUGAACAGAUUUACUUGUCUCCUGCUACUUGUCUUUUGUUGGUUUGUACCAUUUAUUACCACACUCAUUGCUCUGCUGUUAUCAAAUACACUGGCGUUAUGUAGGUAUCACAUUGAUAAAUUGUAUUGUGACAAUUGGUCAAUGGUAAAGCUCUCAUGUGAAUCAACUGUCGCCAAUAACAUUUAUGGACUUUUAGGCAUUUCAUUUUAUUUUUGCAUUUUUGCUAUCAUCAUGGUCUCUUAUAUAAAACUUGCAAUUGCGUGUAAAGCAUCACUGGAGUGCAGAAGGAAGUUUUGGCAGACCUGCGUGCCUCACAUAUUUUCACUGGUAAAUUUUAGCGUUGCAAUGCUUUUUGACACCUUGUACAACAGAUAUGGCUCGAGCAAUAUCCCAGACAGUCUACGAAACUUUUUGGCUUUAGAGAUCAUUAUAGUGCCACCUAUUUUUAAUCCUUUAAUUUAUGGCUUAAAACUCAAAGAGGUUCGUAAAAGAGUGUGGAAACAACGCUUAAAUAUUUGCUGA